AUGAUGUAUUAUGCUGCCUUCUUGCUUUUUUUUUUUUUUUUUGUUGCCGGCGCCGUGUCUGGAGAUGGAACUUUCCUGCUUGGAAGCAUUGAUCACGCCAAGUACAGCGGAAAGAUCAGCUACGAUACCGCCCCAUACCCCAGCACUGGUGCUGUGAUCAACCUGGACACCAUCACCGUCAACGUAACAGAUGUUUCUUUUGAUGAGUCGGCCCUUCUGGACUCGGGUUUAAUUGUUAUUGCCAUUUCCGACCCGCAAUUCAAGUCAAGGGCUCGAUUUUUUUUGACUGCAAUACAAAUGUCAGUCUCAAGUUCAACUUUGGGCACCAUACAAUCGUUUCUGACCAAUCUUCGUUCCUUCUGCCCUUCUCUUACUUCUCUGGAACCCCCUCCGACACUGAGUGCAUGUUUGCUGUUCAGAACCUGGCAGUAUCUGGGUCAGCAUCGGCCAGCUGUUUCUGCUUGCAAACUCGUUCCUGAAAAAAAAACACCUACUCAGCCCUCGAUCUGGAUAACUCGCAAAUUGGACUGGUCCUAG